UUUUUAUAUCAACCUUGAGUAAGCUAACAAUAAAAGAAAUUAUUGAUGAACUGUGAUUUUUGUAAUUUUUAAAAAUAAUUGAAAAUAACACAUCAUGGAAAAAUUGGAGCAAAACGACAACGUCAACAGGGACGAGCUAAUAAUGCAACAGCAAAGGGAAAUUGAAAAAGAGAUUAGUGAAACUAUUCCGUUAGUUAGCGAAAAACUGCCGGUGGCAUGUUUAAAUGAAGAGUAUUUAGGUGAUGCAGUGUUCACUUCCAAAAUUCUAGACCUGGCAAGUAAAUAUUCGUUCAUGCGGCGCACACGUCCCGAUGGCAAUUGUUUUUUUAGGGCGUUCGCUUAUGCAUAUUUGGAGCAUUUGAUCUCAAACAAAGACGAUUAUGAGAAAUUUCGUCAAUUAGCUGAAACUUCUAAAGACAAGUUGGUCGAAUUAGGUUUUCCAAGACUCACUUUGGAAGAUUUUCAUGAAACGUUCAUGGAAGUUGUAAGAAAAGUAGACCCAAAUGCCACAUCCGAAGGUGAUAUGAGUGCACAAUUGCACAAUGUAUUUAACGACCAGGGCUAUUCAGAUUAUGUCGUCGUUUACUUACGAUUACUUACCUCAGGCAAACUUGAAGAGGAGGCAGAUUUCUAUCAAAAUUUUAUAGAAGGCAAUUAUACUAUUGAAGAGUUUCGGCAUCAGGAGGUCGAGCCCAUGUAUAAAGAAUCAGAUCAUAUCCAUAUCAUUGCUCUUUGUUCAGCUUUGGGAGUAGGUGUACGCGUUGAAUAUAUGGACCGGGGUGAAGGUGGAAUGGUAAAGGCUCACGAUUUCCCUGAGGGGCAAACACCCAAGGUUUUUCUUAUCUAUAGGCCGGGCCAUUACGAUAUACUCUAUCCCAAUUAAAACGAGAAAUCCGGGCCCACAAAUUCUCGAUAAAAUAUAAUUCAAUUCGCUUGUAAACCUCGUUUAAUUACAAAUACAUAUAUUUCGUUGGC